AACGUGCUGUCGGUUAGUUAAUUAACAUGGUGUGCAGAUGAUGACACCCGAACAUUUCAGCAACGAUUGCUUCUUCUCUCUUGCUAUUCACACUUGAAAACUUAUCUACUGACCGUUUUUAUGUAGAUUAGUGUAAUCUUUGACGGCGAAAAUAUUAACUCGUUCGACUUUUGGCGGUAACUUGCAUUAAUUUUUCAUAACUAAUUUUCUUGCCUUGAUAACUUUGGAUCUGUUCCUCAUCUCUCGUCGCCGGACCGUGAAACCAAUAUUGUUUUGAUGAACAAAAGCAAUAUUCAGACACAUGAAUAGACCCACCGCGAGGCAACAGUAACGAUUUAAAAUCAAUUAUGCAUUGGAACCAAAUGACGUAACAAAAACAACGGUAGCUAAUUCCUCUUUCGACACGUGCCUAACCAUGUCAUUCUUUCAAAAAAGCGGAAGGUCGAUUUCAAAUUACCUAUCACAAGUGUUCUCCGUGGCGUCACUCGGCUGUUUCUACGAUUGUGAAGUUGAUUUGGUCUUCCUACUGUACAGCGUUGCCGACUCGCUACUGGAUGCCAUACUAAGACCCAACGUACCGCAGAUGGUAUGUUUCUCAAUCCAUCCAGAUCAGAUUCAGAACUGUCGGCAUAUGGAUCUGCAUGCUUCCAUCCAAGUUCAAGUCCAGAAAGAGUCCACGACCUACCUCAUCUUGCACAAACUUCUGACCAACACGCCAGCCUUGGUUCUGGGCAUGUUCUGUGGUGCCUGGAGUGAUAAAUACGGCCGAAAACUCCCAAUAGCCUUGCCAAGCUUUGGAACAACUUUUGCUGUGUUAUUCUAUAUGGCAGCAAAUAUGACAUACAAAGGAUCUCUCGACUUCUUUCUCUGUGGGUCUUUCAUUCAUGGCUGUUUCGGAAAAACUGCCAUGAUUAACAUGGCCGUUAACAGCUACAUUGUUGAUGUUACAACGGUGGACAGGCGUACGAAAAAGUUGGGAAUCUUGGCAGCAAUGCAGUUCAUCGGUAUGUUCAUCGGCUCUCUGAUAGGGGGACUGUUAAUUGACCUGACAUCCGUCCUCACGUCCUAUUGCAUUGUGUCCGCGAUGAGCGCCGUCGUGGUUUCCCUGACUCUUCUGUCUCUCCGAGAAACGCUUCAGGUGGACAACGAAGAGAAUUCGUCUCCGUUCAAAUCCUUCUUUCGCGGAAGCAACGUCCAGGAUUCGUUCAAAGUUUUAACACGAAGCAGAAGCGGAAAACUACGAUCGUGCAUCCUCUGUUUGUUCGUCAUCGUCCUGCUGCACCAGACGUGUCGGACUGGUCUAACAGACGUGACUCUCCUGUACACGGAGAAAUCACCACUCAGCUGGCCAACCUCUUGGUUUGGUUAUCUUUCUGCAGCAGACAAUGCCGCCAUGGGCAUCAUUUUGCUGGUGCUACUUCCGCUGUUAUCAAGCGUUGCAAAACUGAACGAUGCAACUAUAAGUAUGAUAGGGCUUUUCUGCGCAUGCGUGAGAUUCGUGAUCAUGACAUGGAGCAAGAAAACGUGGAUGGUGUGGUUGUCGAUGGCGAUUGGGAGCAUAGCUGGAGUGAUCAACUCACCGAUUCGUUCACUUCUGAGCAAAAUGGUCCACGAAGAUGAAGUAGGAAAAAUGUUCUCAUUACUCGGAAGUGGAGAAACUAUUGCAAAAUUCUGUGCAGUGUUUUUUCCAUAUCUGUACGGCUAUACAAUUGAUAUCUUCCCUGGAUUUCCUUUCAUUUUCGCAGCUAUUCUAUACAUUUUAAUGAUGGCUAUUAUGGUUGUGGUGUAUGUGUCCUAUGCACCUGAUAGCAAUCCCGAGACACCGCAAACAGAAUCCAACUGGGAACUAGAUCGCAUCGAGUGUUCUACUGGGAAGGAGGCAAAGUAUAACGGCACCGGGUAGAUAACGGGCUCUGGAACAUUCACCAUCAGUUGAUCCGAAUUCCAUUACACGAAAGGUCCAGGAAAAGUGACUGCAAGAAGAUGUACACGCAUCGGGAAAAUACACAUUUACAUAUCUGUAAACUUAGUGUACAUAACGCGUAAAAAUCGCUGCAUCCCGAAAAUUAAUUCUGUGAACAGUCUACACUACUUACAACUCAUGCUAAAAAAAAUCUAUACCACUUACAAUUUAUACUGUAAUCAGUCUAUAUCACUGACAACUCAUGCUGGAAACAUUCUAUACCACUGACAAUUUAUACUGUAAUCAGUCUAUAUCACUGACAACUCAUGCUGGAAAUAAUCUAUACCACUGACAAUUUAUACUGUAAUCAAUCUAUACCACUGACAACUCAUAUUGUUAACAAUCUACAAAACAAUCAACCCAUAUUGUAAACGAAACGGUCUACACCACUGACAAUUCAUGCUGGAAACAUUCAUUACCACUGACAAUUUAUACUGUAAUCAGUCUAUAUCACUGACAACUCAUGCUGGAAAUAAUCUAUACCACUGACAAUUUAUACUGUAAUCAAUCUAUACCACUGACAACUCAUAUUGUUAACAAUCUACAAAACAAUCAACCCAUAUUGUAAACGAAACGGUCUACACCACUGACAAUUCAUGCUGGAAACAUUCAUUACCACUGACAAUUAAAACUGUAAUCAGUCUAUAUCACUGACAACUCAUAACAAUCUACAUAACUGUCAAUUUUUAUUGUAAACGGUCUACACCACCGACAACUCAUAUUGUUAACGGUCUUCACAACUGAAAAAUCACAUUGUAAACGGUUAACAUCACUGACAACUCAUAUUGUAAAGUCUAUACACCUUUACUCAUAUUGUAAACUGCCAAAACAUCUGACAAUAUAUAUCAAAACAGUCUUCACAAUUGGCAAUUCAUAUAUUGUUAACUAUCUACAUAACUGGUAAGUCAUAUUGUAAACGGGUGUACACCACUGACAAGUUAUAUUGCAAACAGCUUACACCAUUAACAAGUCAUAUUGUUAACAGUCUAAAGAACUGACAACUCUGGCAAGUCAUUUUGUUAAUAGAACUGAAAACUCAUAACGUAAACCUUUUUUCUACACAACUGACAUCACUUGAUAUUGUAAACGCUCCACACCACUGACAAGUUAUAUUGUAAACAGUCCACAUAACUGACAACACAACUUUCAAAUUUUACACAUACAUAAAGUCUGAUGCAAGUUGGCUUACAUGAUUUGACACAAAUACUUGAUUCGGUUAAGAGGGCUCGAUGGUUCAUGGCCAUUUUUAGACUGUAUUGAUCUUCUUUAGAAGAAGAGCUCUUGGGAAAUUAAGGAAAAUACCCAAAUUUGAAAUGUCAAAUUUAUGCUUUUUUCUUUACUAAGUAAUAUUUUAUAGGUAAACAAAUCAUACCCGAAGGUUUUUGGUAGAUUUGAUCGUUAUAUAUAGUUGGUUGGCCAUUGAGCCUCGUUAAUUAAUGCAAGACAAAUCAGUUUACCCAACUACUCAGUCUGUGUUAUAUACAACUGGAAAGUACACUUUUUAUAUAUACUGGUAGUUAACAAACUUUUAUAAAAAUGAAAUGGAUCUCAUACAUAUCAACUGAAUUAGAUUAAAAGUACACAAUUCAAGAUUUAAUAUAUUUUGAUUAAGCAUAGAAUUGUACAUAAACGUUAUAUUUUCUAUUUAUUAAAUUGAACUAUUUUAAUAAGUUAGAAUAACACAGCGUAUUGUGUUUUUAUUGUACAUUGUGCAAGGCUUUUAUUUCAUUCAAAACAAUGGUGCAAGCAGAUGUUUGAAGUCUUAUAGAUUUGAUAUUGAUAGAUAUUAUGUUGUAUAGAAAAUUGAAAUAAAAAUGGGAACUCUUUUG